GCUUGGAUAUAUCGUCGAGCUUUGGGUGAUAUCGUCCCGGAUCUAUGGGCCGCGAGUUGGAGAACAACCUCCGCAGGGCCGACGAGGUGGCCGCAUUGAGUAGGGGAUAAAUACCAUGCACGGGACGGCCAGCCAACGUUCAUUCAGUCUACAAAGAGGCAAGAGCACGAAACUUGGUCAGAGAAGCGGUUGAGACCACUCGUGCGGCUAUGCAUCUACGCGCCAUUGGCCCCUGGGCCCUCCUCGGCCUCCCCAGCAUCGCCGUCGCUCAGGAUUCCCGCUACGGGACCAGCUCGGAAGACGUCGCGGUGAGAUGGAUCGGCGACGCACCAGCUCUUAACAAAGGUGUGACGUUCGGGCUGCCCUGGCCAAAGGGGAAAUACCCGGCCGAUACGACUACAUUCAAGGGUGCCGGCGACGACCAGGGAGUCGAACUUGAAUCCUGGGUGACGGCAUACUGGCCUGACGGCUCUUUUAAGUGGACCGGGCACGCUCUGGGGGCCUCCGACACGGUGUUUUCCCAGUACAAAGUCACCGCGUCGACGACUAGGACAAACUCGACGAAGCGAUCCACCCUAGCAGCACCCCAGUCGUCUUUGAACGUGACCGACUCCGCAGACGCGAUCACCGUCGACACGGGGAAGCUCACCGCAACGUUUGCCAAGUCGGGAAACGUGCUUGUGAGCGCGAUCAGAACAUCGAGCGGCAAGAUCAUCGGGCAAAACGGACGACUAGUCCUUCGCUCCCAGUCUGGAGUCACGGACGAUGGCGACAGCGACCAACCAUCAAUAAACCAGUUUCGGCUCGAAAGUAAUGUCGAGGAGGCAACCGUCAACGCCGACGGUCCGGUGCGCGCCUUGGUGACCGUCCGGGGCAAGCAUCGGGACGCGUCGGACGCACAUCCCGAGUGGCUGCCAUUCAUCCUCCGCUUCUACCUAUAUGCCGACUCGGAUGCCAUUCGCAUUGUCCACACCCUCAUUUUCGACGGCGAACCUGGCGCAGACUUUGUUACCGGCAUCGGGCUCCGAUUCGACGUCCCGCUCGCCGGUGAAGAGUUGUACAAUCGUCACAUCCGUCUCGCCGGCCCCGACGGCGGCCUGUUGAACGAGGCCGUGCAGGGCAUCACGGGAUUGAGACGGGACCCCGGUCAGAACGUUCGCACCGCCCAAUUCAAGGGCGAGGAGACGCCCGACAUUUCCACCUGGGAUACCCGGGUCUCUUCUAGGUUGAAAUGGAUUCCCGCGUGGAAUGACUACAGCCUGGCACAACUCUCUCCUGACGGUUUCACGCUCAAGAAGCGGACCAAGGCGGGGUAUAGCUGGGUCAAGAUCCCCGGCGGCACACGCGCCGGUGGCCUCGCAUACCUGGGCGGCGCGACGCAAGGCGGUCUCGCCAUCGCGCAGCGGGACUUCUGGAAGAAGUACCCCACGGGCCUCGAUAUUUCCAACGCGGCGACGGACGUGGGCCAGAUAACGCUAUGGCUCUAUAGCCCAACUGCUGAACCGAUGGACCUUCGACCGUUCCACGACGGCCUAGGGCAGGACACAUACGAAGACCAGCUGGAUGCGCUCGAGAUCACCUACGAGGACUGGGAAGGCGGCUACGACACGGCGUACGGCGUGGCCCAGACCAACGAGAUAUUCCUGUUUGCGUUUGACAAGACGCCGCCCUCGGAUACCCUUGCCGCCCUCACCACCUACGUUGACGAGCCGCCGGCGCUCGCCGCGGCCCCGGAGCAUAUUCAGCAGACGAAGGCGAUCGGAACGUACUGGGCGACCCCAGAAAGCAGCAACACAUCUUCGGAGACGGCGCGGGCCAUCGAGGCGCACCUCGACUUCCUGAUCGAUUUCUCCAAGAGUCAGAUCGAGCAGCGGCGGUGGUACGGGUUCUGGGACUACGGCGACAUCAUGCACACGUACGAUGUGGACCGGCACACGUGGCGGUACGACGUCGGCGGCUACGCCUGGGACAACUCGGAGCUGUCGCCGAACCUCUUCUUCUGGAACCACUUCCUGCGGACGGGUCGGGCGGACGCGUACCGGUUUGCGGAGGCGCACGCGCGACACACGGGCGAGGUCGACGUGUACCACGCCGGCAAAUUCGCCGGGUUCGGCACGCGGCACGGGGUGCUGCACUGGAGCGAUAGCUCGAAGCAGGUGCGCAUAUCGACACCGCUGUACCGGCAGGCCUUCUUUUACCUUACAGGGGGCGACGAGCGCGUCGGCGAACUCCUGCACGAGCUCGCCGACGCGGACCGGGCCUUCCUCGCGGUUGACCCGCGCCGCAAGGUACGCCGCGACAACGGCACCUACGUGAUCGACCCGACCGCGCUCGACCUCUCGGUCGGGCUCGACUGGUCCGGUCUAGCGUCGGCAUGGCUCAUCGAGUGGGAGCGCCGCGGCCCGCUCGCGGAACGCGCCCGUACCAAGCUCGACGUUACCAUGCGCAGCAUCGCGAACCUGACCAACGGCUUCGUCACGGGGCUCGGGCUGUACAACCUAGAGACGGGGGAAAUCGCGCCGCCGGCGACGGACCCGCAGAACCUCGGCCAGGUCGACCUGUCGCACCUGUCGGCGAGCUUCGGGCUGCCCGAGAUCGUCGCGCAGCUGACGGAGCACCUGGGGGCGGACGGCCUCCCGGCGGGGUUCGAGGACGCGUGGCUCGACUACUGCUACUACUACGGCGCGGGGGCGGCGGAGCAGACGGCGCGCUACGGCGUGACCUUCGGCAAACUGAACCUCAAGCAGGGCCACUCGCGGCUGACGGCGUACGCGGCGGCGCGGCGCGGGGACGCGCAGCUGGCGGCCCGCGCGUGGAAGGAGUUCCUGAGCACGGACGGGUUCGCGCCGACGGCGCCGUGGGCGAGCGAGCGCAUCGCCGGCAGCGACGUCCUGCUCCCCGUCGACGAGGCAGCCUGGGUGACGACGAACGACGUCGCGCUGUAUGGGCUCGCGGGGAUCGCGAACCUCGCCCAGAUCGGGUACGCGCUGGGGUGAGGGUGACGUAGUAGAUAAAGACUAGUAGGGUAUUAUUUAUGCAAUUGAUACUUGCUUGCCUAUAUAUCUUUGUCCUGGG